GAAAGAAUGUAUGUAUCUUGUGUUUGGUACAUUUUGAUUUAAAGUAAUUAUAACAGCACACUGGAAAUCUCAACAUAACGAUAAAGUUUCACUUGAAUGUGAACAAUCAUUACGUAUGUGGGUUAAUUUGGAAAAUUAUCUAUUAGAUGAUUUGAUCACUAAAGUCAUGACGGCGAUAGAUAUCGGUUGAUUGAGAAGAACACUGCGCGCUCAUCAACUUUGCGUGCGGAAAUGGUGAACCAGAAUUUUAUGGGUUCGACUGUAGAGGGUAUCACAGGUGUGACCGAUGCUAAGCGCUCAUACGAUGUCACAUUCGCUAAACUGCGAAGUGUGAUUUAUUCACGGGAAAGUCAGUCAUUGGCGUUUUAUGAAAUAUACGAUCGAAAUCCUUUGAAACUUAUAACGCUAUUGUUUGGUAUGGCGCUGAAAUGGCGGAUAUGUGAUUGGUGGUAUUGAUUGUGAAUGUCGAGAUGUUAUGUUUCCGAGCAACCUCCAAAAGUUGAAAAAACGCCUGAAGAAACGCACGAAGACUGAAGUACAUAAAACGAAUAAUAAUUAUGAGACCUGGAACAAUGUUCGAUAGUCGUGAAAUUGGGAAACGAAUACGUCGUUUAGUUGACGGGAAUUAUUCGUAUCGCAAGAUCCUAAUCAUCAUUAUUAUUUGUGGCGGAAUACUACUUUAUUUUGGUCCACCGUUUGCACAGUGGUUGUUUUCUUCAGCAGGAGAAUCUACACAAGCAUUUGAAGAUUAUUGUAUGAAUGAAAGAUUGGCUCCGUUUCAGUACGAAGCUGAUGAGUAUAAUGUAAAUAUACUACAUAAACCUCCAAGAGAAAAUGAACAUCAGUAUUUACCAUAUAUUGGCAAUGGAAUUUUUGGAGUUCCUAUUGUAUCAGAAGCUUUGAUAUAUAUCAAGCAAGGACGAGCAUUGUCAUUACCAAUACAGUUCCAACCAUUAAUCUCGCAUCCUUUGCCUAGUGACAAUCUUCACACAGAAGCUACUGUUACUGAUUUUACAAAUGGAGUUAUUUAUCACUACCAGUGUCUCAGGGACAAAUAUUACAUAGAAUUUCAAUAUUAUGCUCAUAGAGUAUUCGAUGCAAUAAUGGUUCAAGAUGUGAAAAUUGUAAAUCCAUUUUCACUCUCCCAAAAUGUGCCAUUAAAGUCUCAAAUGUCUGCACAUUGGAGCAACACUCAUAUAGAACUAACUAAAAUUCAAGUAGACGAUUUUAUACAUGAGUAUAACUUAAUUUCUGGCUUUGUUCCACUGUCUAACACAAAUAAGAUCGUUACUAUUUCAAUACUUUACAAAGUUCCACCAAGAAUGGUACAAGUUAAAGCAAGAAGUACUGUAAAAUUAAAGUACAUGACGAGUAUACAGUACAGUGAACCUGUAUUGAUGGAGGAAUACCACAAUCAGUAUGAGAUAACAAAAAAGAAAGCUAUAGAGGCAAUGAAGAAAGUAUUAAAAAUUCAGCAACGAAAUUUGAAACCUGAUCACAGCAGCCUUUGGCAAAGUUAUUGGUAUACAAGUCUCAGAAUAAGUGACUCUAAAGCUGAGGGUGCUAUCAAUGGUCACAAAAUAAAUUCCACUGUUUAUUACGUGCUGUCUCAAAUUUCAAAAGGUAUUCCAGACAUAGAGAAAAGUGUAGCUAUGAAUGAGGGUUGUUACCGCGGGCAUCAUACUUUAGAUGCACCACGAUUAUGGAAAGAUACAUCUACUAUUGUUGGCGUGAACAGUGUUGUCGAAGCGUGGUUAAUUACCCUGGAAAAGCAAGGAUGUCAUCAUUUAAUGACAGGCGAUCCAUUGGCAGUACAACAAGCAAUUGUUUUAAGCCUUGGCAGUCUACGAUUUAGCAAUCAACAUCUUGAGUUCAAUACUGAUCCACAAUAUCUUCAUCGAGAUUAUUUAUUUAGAAGGAUUAGUUACGGUAAUGUAACUCAUUUAAAUAUAUCAGUAACAGUAGGGGAAGACAAUCGUGCAGUUUUGGGAGUGGCUUUGGACAAAAGUGACAGCGUAUAUUUCGGCUGCGAUGCAGGCUGUUUGGAUGCACCUGUUUCAUUAAGUCAGUCGUAUACAAACUUCCCUGUAAAAUUAACAAAGCCAUUUACUUCUAUACUAUACAUAACGUCUGAUCAUCAACAUAUGCAAGACCUGCGAAAUGCAUUGCAUGUUCAUGCAGUAGAUGAUGCUCCAGCACAUGAUCAUGUUGUGAUGGCUUUGCAUAAACAUGGACAUCAGCUUGGUGGGCUACCAACACUUUUUUGGAUCAGUAUAUGUUUCCUUAUAAUUAUAUUUCAUUUGUUCCUUUGUAAACUUAUUGUUAAUGAAUAUUAUGAUCACCAAGAUAAACAGAAAGUCAGAUACAGUAAACUGUGAUUACUGUGUCUAGUUACUUUAUUGUGCAUAUGUAUAUAUUUGUCAUAUAUAAAAUCAUACUUAAAUAGUAAAUAAGCUUUAUAAAAAUUUU